GAUUGACUAGUUAAAAUGGCGUUGGUUAGGUUCUUUAUAAUUGUUUACUAAUGUUUAUUUUUAUAAGAGAUAAAAAGCAAUAAUUACAUAAAGUUUGUUUGGUUUCUUAAAUUAAACAGUUAUUUGCAUAUGUUUCAACUCCUUUCUUUAAAUUUAAUCAAACAUGUAAGAUAAAGCUAAAGUUUGUUGAUGCCAAGGAAAUACAAAUUAGAAAGUAACACGAUGAGCACCAACAGGAUGAAUAAACGGAAUAGUAGUGAAUGUGAAAAUAAAAGGGGUUUUGUGUUGAACAAAUCUGCUGUGUCUAAUUUAAUUUUGGAGAUAAAUGAACUAAUAAAAAAGGCUAAUAUCGAUGAGCAACUUAGCAAUAUUCUGGAUAAAUUCUUAAAUAACCUUAAAGAAUCAGAAAAAUAUUUGGAAAAUGGCAUAUUUACUAUAAACUUUCAAGAAGCCAGUUUAUUACUGGAAAAAAGUUGUGUUUUAUAUGGAAAAAAGGUGGACAUUCUAUGGAAUGAUGUAAAGGAAAAUUUACAGAGAUGGCAUUCAUUCAACAAAUCAAAAAAUAUUUCUGAUGAAAAGGUGUUACAUGAAACAAUGAAUCGGUUCAGAGGACACAAAACUGUUCUCCAGCAAGUUAAUUCAAAGAACUUCAGUUUUAAUCACAGUAGUCUUUUAGAAGAGGCAGGGAACGUUCCCAAUUUACCCCAGAUUGUUGGCAGUGCUUGUAAAACUUUGGAGAAUUUAUGGUCUGAGGCAACUCAAUCCAGUUUGAAACUUAAAAGGUUAAGGGCUAAGGUGGCUCCAUUAGUCUUCACACAUAUUAAGAAGACGCCUAUUUACUAUGAAAAUGGCGAUAAAAAGUUGUGUAAUUACCACGAUCUCUGUCUAAAUCUUUUUGAGGCUGGUUAUAUGUUGCAUGAUGAUAAGACGACUCAGCUCUACAAUUUGCGGCACUUAAUUGACGAUAUUCUUCAAUCCUUUCUUGCACAACAUGGGAUCCCCUACACAAAACUAGCUGAAUGUAAUAUGUGGCCGGAUUUUAAAAAGUAUCUCCAACUGAAUAUAACUAAACGUCUCCGAAUUCUCUUAAAAAAACAGCGAGAACGCAUGAAUGGUGGUUGGGACAGAAAACGACCUUUGAUUGCUCAGAGGCCACCGGUAGAUUUCUCGAUGCUUCAUGUUUUCGGAGAAUUUCAAGUUAGCGUUGUCGCAACCGAAGAAGGUAGUGCGGAUGAGGAAAUAACGGAAGUCUUAGAAACAAACGGUGAAUCCGACGUAGGGAUGUUGCCGGCAAGUCCCGUAAAAAGUUAUGCAUCCCGAAGGACAUCCGAGAUGCACAGCGAAGCUGAUUCAGCUUUUCAUGAUGGCUCAUUUGAAGACGAUGAAGAACGGAAUGUUCGAAGCAAACACGAAGAAUCUUAUAAAGGAAGUACGGCCACGGAAUCUAGAAAAACCACAAUCAGUUCAGAUGACAGAGGUUAUUUCGAGGAUUCUUUAAGAGCAAGAACGCCUGGGAAUGACACAGAUUGUAUUAAUCACAGCUAUUUAAGGGAAAAUGCGGUUUCAAGAGAAAGUUGGAUGAAUAAUAAUGAAGAGAUGGAAGUUUUUCAAGAGUUUGGUAUUUACGACAAUUCCGCGGGUGAGCAGGAAAGUGAACAAUUGAUCGAUGAUGGUCACAGUUUUCCAGAUAAAUAUGAUGACACAUCGUCUAACAUCGUAGAAGAAAAGCUUUUGUACCAACCUGAAGAUGUUUUGCAGCAAAAAAAGAGGAAGAGAAAACGAAACGAUACCGAAGUUGACAGUGACGUUGCACCAAAAAGAAGGGAUCUUAUGAGAAUCUUGAUGACAGAAGAAGAUAAGAUAUUGACCGUUCCUUUAAUUACACAAGAGAAUUUUUUUGUGAGAUGUUAUAAUAGUGAUGAAAAUGAGGGAGGUAUUCCACCACGAGAGUAUGAAGGCACAGGUUACGAUGAGUGUGAUGUAGACGCUUCUACUUGUUUGCUAAAACAUGAAAGAGAAAAAAUUUUAGCAUCGGUAUUAAUUGAUCAUUGUUACUAUAUACCUGUGUCAUCAGAAGAAUGGUCAACAGAAAUUGAGAUUUCCUUAUCCCCAAGGUCGAUAAAUAACGCAAAUGAAAUCCAAUGCAACAACGACGGAUAUCGGACGCCGUCGCCGAUUAUACUACCUCCAUCGGAGCAAGUAAACAUACAAAAGCAGAUGAAUAAGGGUGGAAAUGAAUUCCACGAGAGGAUUUCUAAAAAUGACAUUAAUAUCGAACAGUUUAGUAGACGAAAAGCGGCACUUCUGGACUGGAAGUGUUUCAUGCAGCCGAAGAUUGAUGCUGCUUCCCAGAAGCCUGAUUUUGACAUUCACGAGUACGGCACUUACAUUAUGGACGCUAUUCCACUAGGUGAAUCUCGAAAUUUUAAUCACGUAAUCAAAGAUAAACCCGCUUCCGAGGUAUCCCGAUUGUUUCUUGCAACUCUUCAAUUAGCUAACACCAACAAUGUGGAGUUGGAAAAUGUACCUAAAGGUCAAUUGGCCAAUGGUAAGAUGUGUAUAAAACUAUUAAGUCGUGAGCGUUAUCACGAGCAACUCGAGGAGUACGUUGCACCGUCCGAAAAGUCAUACGGUAAUAAGUUUAAACAAGCGUGCAAAUCGCUCUCUUCUACAUCAACGCAUUCUUCUACACCAAAUAAAAAAUUGAAAAUUUGCUAGGAACUCUCUUUAUAAUUUUACUUUUCUUAUAUGUAUGUACAUUUGAUACACCAGUUGGAUUUUUGUAACAUUGUUUAGUUCAUUUUUUGUUUUAGAAUACCUAUUCAUUUUUAAGUUAUAUUUUUCUGAUUUACUGUAUAUUGAAUUCCUAAGUUUUACAUAUGUAUGUAUAUACAGCAAGUAGAAUAGUAAACAGGAAAUGUUUCAGCCUA